CCACCCCAGGCCCGCUCUGUUACCUGGAAGAUCCCCAUUAACCGGCGCUGCGUGGCACGGCCGUCUCCUCCUCAGCGCCAGGACCUGGAGCGGGGCGCAGGGCGGGGAACCGCGGCCCCGAGCGGCGGAGCGGGAAACGAAAGCGAAAGCGAGCAAGCGGCAGGCAUCAUGGCGGCGUCGCUGAUGCUCGUGCGGCUCUGCCCCGCACCCGACGCCGGCGAGAAGCCGAUGCUCAAGCUCCAGAGCUACUUCCAGUCAGGGAAGCGGUCGGGGGGCGGCGAGUGCGAGGUGCAGAUGGGCCCCGAGCCCGGCACCUACUGGGUGCGCUUUCAGCAGGAGCGAGAUAAGAAGAGCGUGGAAUCCCGCACAGAUCACGUCUUGGAAAUCGGUGCCAGACGCCUGAAGAUAGUCAUCCAGCCGGGAGAAGGGGACGAGGGCAAGAGCGAGUUUACAGAGCAGGCCUCGUCCAGCUGCUCUGUCCCUUCCAGCUCUUCCCCACCUCAGCAGGAGCAGCAGGCAGCCGAAGGCCAUGGAGAGACGGCAAGAGAAGUCAUUACCAAAAAGAUAUUUCUUACAGUAUCUGCAACUUUGAAUACCAGUAUGUUCACUGAACAGCAAAGGGAGAAAAUUACCAUUAUAUGUCCAAAUUUAAAAAGAGAAGGAAAUCUUGAUAUUGAUGGCUCUGAGAAAUUGACGGGAGAUUUUACAGAUAUUGAAAAAGCUUAUCACUACUUUAAGGAUAUCCUUGCAGGCAAUGACCCAAACCAUGAUUUUUCACAUUCUGAAAGUAAGAAGGGUUUGAAAGAUGAAAAUGGUCUGAAUACUGAAGAAAUGAAUGAGCUUACAGUUCCAUCAGCUCUCUAUGAAUAUUUCAGUCAUACCUGCAAAGAACAAAUCAAAGUACUAUGUGAACGUUUCGGAGUGUGUGUAAGAAAUAAAGAUCAUUACAACGGAACGACAUCAGUACACUUCACUUCUGGUAAAAGUCCUGCAUCAAUACAAGGAGCUAACGAUUUUUUUAUCAGAACUUUUCAGAAAAGCGUAGAAGAUCUGAAACAGGAAAAAAUUCCUGUAACAAACAGGUACACGUUAAAUGAGACAAUAAUAAAAUUAAAUGCUAGGUUUCGUAAUCUUCUUGCCAAAGAGGAAGGGAAUCAGUUGCUACUCCGUGGUCCAGCGAGUGAGAUUUUAGCUGCCAAACAAUUUCUAGCAGAAGGUGGUGAGAACAGCCAAGCUGAAAAGAAUAUGAAAAUAUCAUCUGAACUGUACAAAUACAGGAAUGGAAUUGAAGUUGAUGCUUCUGUAUUUAAAUUGUUGGAAACAAUAUUAAACAAAGAAAUUGAAGACAUUAAAGACAAAUUUGAUACGGUAAUAGAAAAGAAAGACAGUUCAUAUGGCCAGAAGAUGCUCAUAAUAUUUAGGCCUAGGGUCAAAACUUCUGAUAUGUCUUCACAUGCUACUGAAAGUUUCAUCAAUGCAUUUCAGAGUGCCUCUGCAAAGUUAAGAGAAAAACCCAUCAGCCUGAAGCUUUCAGAAGAUCAGAAGAAAAGAUUAAAUAUGCUACUUAAUGGAAAACAAUUGGAAGAUCUGCAUGUAAAACUUCAGAAGAAGGAAGACAAAUUAAUCUUAAGUGGUUUACCAAACCAUAUUUACGCUGCUGAAAAGCACAUUAUGAACAUUCUUAUCAUUGAAGACUCAACACAAACUAAAAAUAGGAUGCCACUGUCCUCUGAUCUCAGCUAUCAAGAAGCUACAGGAGCAUCUGAGAAGAAAUACAAUGGCAGGCAAAAGAAUAAUCUUUCUUCUGAAGGACAGUCUAAGGCAAAGACAAAAGAAGAAGACAAAGAUGUGUGUCCGAUUUGCAUGGAGAGUAUUAAACAUAAAGAAGUACUGAAAAAGUGCAAUCAUGCAUUUUGUAAACUUUGCAUCGACCAGGCCAUGGCUUAUAAGCAAACUUGUCCUGUUUGUAAUACUGUCUACGGACUCAUGAAAGGAGACCAACCAGAGGGAACAAUGUCAACUAGAGUAGUGUCUUCAGCUCUCCCUGGUUAUCCCCGUUGUGGUACUAUUGAGAUUACAUAUAGUAUGCACAGUGGUAUUCAAACUAGCAACCAUCCAAACCCAGGGAAACCUUAUUAUGCAACUUCUCGAAAAGCGUAUUUACCUGACAAUAAGGAAGGGCGAGAAAUUCUGCAGCUCCUCAGAAGAGCCUUUAACCAAAAAUUGAUUUUCACAGUGGGGCAGUCACGUACUACUGGUGCACAAGGUGUUAUCACAUGGAAUGAUAUUCACCACAAAACUUCCAUGACUGGAGGACCUACCAAUUUUGGUUACCCUGAUCCUGAUUACCUGCAGCGGGUUCGAUCAGAAUUGAAAGCAAGAGGAAUUGAAUAAAGAAAUUUAUCAACUGUCAGCUCUUAAGUGUAAUAACUGAACAUGUAGCAGUUAAUUUACUAUUCAAGCACUAAGAAGAAGUUACUUUGUUCAACUGCUGUAGUUAAAUCACUUGUAUUUCGCAGUCAGCUAAGAAAAGUAAUCUUCUUUCAUCAAACGAUAUAUGUUCUUUUUACACAUCAUUUACUUCCUUGAAUAAUGCUUCCCUCUAUGAGUAACCUUUACAGAAUUUGAGUCUUGUGAGUGCAGCAUCAGUACUUGUUGCACUUGUCGAAUAUCAAAUUGUGUAUCUUACUUUACCAGUGAAUCUGAUCUGCACUUUUUCCCACAAGUCUUCAGUCUGACCACCAAAACCAAUAGAUCUGCUACUAGCUUUUAUUCGAUCAAAUGCUUACUUUAGCUUUGUGUUAUUACGUCUGUCAUCAUGGAUAGCAUGACAUAACCCAUCUGCUGGAAAAUUUUUAUGCAGCUGUUAUAGUAUCAGUUGUGAUGAGGCUAUGAUCUUUUGCUGCUUUUCCUUUUCAGGGUAGAAAUGGCAUUAGUGGUUUGGGUUUUAAACAUGAAAUUAGUAUGGAUAAUGUAUGAGGGGGUACAUGGAUGCUGUAUUUUUAACCCUGCAGAAGUGCUGAAUGCUCAGAGCCGCGCUAGAGCAAAGGGAAAGGAGCAGUGCCUGUGGCCGUCUCUGAUAAUGGGGUCCUGGUUCUGUGCCUUCCGUCGUGUUUAAGCUUAAAUACAAAUUUCAAGUCAGCUUUACAACAAUAAAACUAUAUUCUUCCCAUUGCUUCCAAUACAUGGUUUAAAUUGUAUUAUAAAGAUACUUCGUUGCUACUCUGCACUGUCUAAAUAGUCUGCUAAUUACCUUUGUGGUGGUGCGAGAUGAAUAGCUUUCACCUAAUGCAGCCAUAAUUGUUAGUGACUUCAACCAUUUUUGUUAGGCUAUUGAAUAUAACUAAUAAAUAAAAUA